AUGUUUUUUCUCAAGAGGUUUCUCGCCUGGAUAAUAUUGCUGAUUGUCGCACUGACGCAACUUCUGCUCUACAUACCAAUUCUCUCCUGCAGGAAUACAGGAUCAUUUUGUGUGGAACAGUUCAGGUUUUCCAUUACUGGCUCUUCGGCCAUUACGGAAGAAUUCAUUAACAGCGUGAAGGAAGUCCUGAAACUCAUCUCCUAUCUGGCGCUCGAUAUGGGCUGGUCCACAGGCCUGACUGACUCCGACGUUUACCGUGAGGAAAACCUGGUAGACACGUUCGAUUCCGAGAACGUUUACAGCGUCAACCACUUUGGAUACUGCAAGAAGAAGCACAGCACGAUCCUGUACUGCGCGCACAACGGUCACAGCGGAAUGGAUGUCCUUGGUAUUCUAGUGCGGGACAUAGGAAUACAAUUGGGCAUGCUGUCCAUGCCGCAUCAGAACGAGACUACGAUGGUCGGAGAGUCGCUGGUACUGACAUACCAUCUUGGACUUACUUCGCUGAAAAAGUUUCUAAAAGCCAAGCAAACGAGCGCCCUUUCGAAAGUUCUAUUACUCGAAGACGGCCAAGCAGAAUCUGGCAAGAUUUCUGGCGCGUCACAAUUUGCCAGAGGUGUGGCUUUAGCCCGAUUUCUUCAGCUGGCCAAUGCUGGUGUUCUUAUCAUGCUGAUCAACGAGAUUUCUGUGAGCGUCUUGUGCAUGCUAGCGGUUCUCGUCUACGGCAUUACUCUGGUCCUUAAGGUAAAAGUCCGCAUUUUGAUCACGGUUCUUAAAGCUGCGGCUUCAGUAUUGAUUGGCAUAGCGACGAUCACCUUCGCGAGCACGCUACUGUAUUUCCUAGCACUCAAGACGCUGGAACCCUCUGGAGAUCCCCUGCAGCCUGCAACUAAAUGGGACAUAAUGCAACUCAGUGUCGGCCCUGGCUUCGUCAUCGGCUGGAUUCGGUACGCGCUCCAAAUUAUCCUGCUCCCGUUGACCUUCGGGACAUUGAGAUACUACAGCACAAGAGAGGAACCUUCUCAGGUCGUGGAAGAGCCCGGUUCUGGGCAAUUGAAGGACUGGGCUUGA